CUGCCAAGCACACUUCGCGCAGCUCCGCCGUCCAGCUAUCGACACUUGGGUAUUAUCGUUUCCACGAGCAGCGCGGCCAGGCCGGAAUCACGACGUUUCCCGCGGCCGCGUCUGGGCAUCAUGGAGUAUAAGAGCAAGGAUCGCCCCAAGGGAGGGAAGGGCAGAGCAUAUCGGACUCGCUACGAUGGCUACUCUCGUUCGCUUGGUUGGCCUCGCGGCUUCGGUUGCUGUUUCUACUGCGUUGACUAUCGCUGAGAUCAACGGCAAUAAGUUUCUAUCGCCUUACAAUGGACAGACCGUGGCCAACGUCACUGGUAUCGUGACUGCGAAGGGACCGGAUGGUAUCUGGAUUCGCUCGACUCAGCCGGACCGCGAUGCGAGGACCUCGGAAUCUCUCUACGUGUUUGGCGCCAAAUUUGCAACGGCCAACAACAUCACUGUUGGAGACGCCAUCUCGGUGGGAGGAAAGGUGUCCGAGUACCGCUCAAGCAAGGCUUACGUAUACCUGACCGAACUCGCGAGCCCUACCUUGGAGGAGAAGCUGUCGUCGGGAAAUCAGGUGAAAGCCCUCGUCAUCGGAAAGGACACCACCGACCCCCCGACCCAGCAGUUCAGCAGCCUCGACGGCGGCGAUGUAUUCGCGGUGCCGAAUAACGUCUCCCUAAUCUCAGUCGCAAACCCCGUUCUGCAGCCCAAGAAGUACGGCAUGGAUUUCUGGGAGAGCUUGUCCGGCGAGCUCGUGACGGUGCGGAAACCCACUGCGAUCAACAAGCCCAACAACUUCGGUGAUACCUGGGUCAUCGGCGACUGGAAAGUCACUGGACGAAACGGCCGCGACGGUCUGACGCAGGACGGCAAAGAUGCAAACCCAGAGACCAUCAUCAUCGGGUCCCCCCUCGACGGCACGUCGAACCCGUCUACAACCAAGCUGGGCGACUCCCUCGAGGAGAUAACAGGCAUCGUCACCCAGGCCUUCGGCUUCUAUCGCAUUCUCCCCACCACCGCCCUCAAAGUCAAGAAAUCCCAAAAUCCCGCACUCCCCUCGGCAACAAAGCUGCAGUCCGACGGCCAGUGCAGCGGCCUCACUUUCGGCGCUUACAACGUCGAGAACCUUUCCCCAAACAGCACGCACCUCCCCGCCAUCGCCGCCCACAUCGUCGACUACCUGCGUUCUCCUGACCUCGUCUUCCUCCAGGAGGUCCAAGACGACAACGGGCCCAUCAACGACGCCGUCGUGUCUGCGAACCUCACCUUAUCUACGCUCGCCGCGGCAAUCGCUAGCAUCGGCGGCCCGCAGUACGCCUUCACGGACGUCGACCCCGUAGACGACAAGGACGGUGGCGCGCCCGGCGGCAACAUCCGUACCGCGUACUUCUACAAGCCGUCCCUGAUCCGCCUUUUCAAGCCCAACGCCGGCGGCUCGCUCGACGCCAACGCCGUGCUCCCCGGGCCGAGUCUGAAGUUCAACCCAGGGCGUAUCGAUCCAACAAACGAGGCAUGGACCGCGAGCCGCAAGCCGCUGGUCGCGCAGUGGGAGGUCCUGGGGAAGAAGGGCAAGAGCGAGGGGGUGUUUUUCACGGUAAAUGUGCACUUUGGGAGUAAGGGGGGCAGUAGCAGUAUCCAGGGGGAUGUGCGACCGCCGGUCAACGGGGGCGUGGAGGAUCGCCAGGCGCAAGCCGAACUAACCGCGAACUUCAUCAAGUCCAUCUUCGCGCAGGACAAACACGCGCGCGUCAUCACCGCUGGCGAUUUCAACGAGUUCAUCUCCGUCGCCCCGCUGCAGACCUUCGUCGAUAUCUCGGGUCUCAACGACCUCGAUGCCGUGGCGGGGAUCAAGCCCAGCGAGCGGUACACGUAUCUGUUUGACAUGCAGGCGCAGCAGCUCGACCACAUGUUCGUGUCGGACUCGUUGAAGAAGAAGGCCAAGUAUGAGCAUGUGCACAUCAACACGUGGGUGGACAAAGCGGCGCAGAUUAGCGACCACGAUCCUAGUGUUGCGAAGUUGGACGUUUGCUCGUAGGGGCGGAGUUUGGGUAUGCGACACGGAAAACACCACGUAAAUAACCAAAAUGUGCCUGAAAUUUCAAAAGUAACUUCAGCU